AUGGCAGAAUGGCUAAAUAGCUGCCAAUUAGCAGUUGCACUACAGGCAGCUCCACCCUGGUUUGCCAAUGCUAUGGCAGCUAGUCUGGAACCAAUAGGAAAUAACAUAGCUACUCUCGAGGCUGAUAUGACUCCUGUCAAGGCUGACAUAGCUAUUCUUAAGACCAACAUAACUACUGUCAAGGCUGACAUAGCUAUCCUCAAGACCAACAUAACUACUGUCAAGGCUGACAUAGCUACCCUCAAGACCAGCAUGACUCAGCUAGUGGGGAUCAACAUUAGGUUCAUCUGA